AUGCAGAGUAAGUUUACGCGAGAUGUGCGCAUAGUUUUUUUUUUAUCGAUCGAUAUGGUAGCCGGAUGUGUGGCGGGAAAGACUUAUUUACUUCACGUUAAACGGGGAGACAAGAUUCACGCGUCGUCGCCUCCGCUCAUUGCAGACGAUGGAGGAAAGCCUCACGUGAACUUGUCUCGCAUCUUUACGUCAACGCUGCAACGACAGAACGAUUGGAAGUACAAGAAGAAGCCACUCAAGGUUCGCAUUGAAGAGUUGCGCUCCCAUUUUGUGACAAGUUUGUCCUACGACUUGAGCAAGAACAUUGUUGAAGAAGCUUUUCCGGAGAGAAGGGUGAUUAUCCGUGAACGGGACGGGUUAACAGAGGUUCAUUUAAGACUGAGGGGUGUAAAAGAAAGUCUUUAUAUCCGGCAACAAGAUGUUCAAACUGCUUCCAAUGCAUCCUCUAGCUCCUACAUGCGCGAGCCGAGCACCGCGUCCUUGUUUGGACCCCACGAUCCCUCUGAGGAACAUAUUAAUCAUUCAACCACUUCAUUUGUGGUUGACGAUUACUUAAGUGUCAUUGAUAGUUUGACAGGGACUGCAAGCGAGCAAAGGAGCGAGGAUAUCCAUUCUGAGACGAAAGAAACUCAGGUGGACAAAGAACUCAAUAAAAUAAAUUUUGACAAGUGUGCUUCAGCCCCGGAUACAUCUUUACACACGUUAGUUGCACCCAUGCAUCGAAGGACGGGGGGCGUGUCAAAUACAAUCAGCAAGGAAAACUUUAAGAAUCUUGCUUUUACACGGGGCUCAGAUGCGGCUAUUUUGAAGGGUAAGGAUUUAUCCACUCUUAAGCCGUCUUGGAAGAGAAAUAUUGCUUUUGAAGACCCCGUUCAUGGGGUCAUUAGGCAGAUUUGUGAUGCUGUAAGGUGGUGUGGAGACAUUGGUAGGGAGUCUCAAACAGCGAGAGAUGCUUCGAAUGGAGCUCAUUUAGCUCUUGAUUUUUAUUUAAAUCAGGAUGGAGAAACCCUGGGUCGCUUUGUUGUUAGUUUUCUGGCUCAUGUUGUUGUUGAAGUGUGUCGAGAGACGCGACACAUUGGCAACUGGCUUAGCCUUUUAACACACGUUAUUUACGGAUCCAUCCUGUACACAAGACAUCAAUUUAAUCCGUGUGAUGUUAAAGGGAUGUCUAUAAGAAUUGCAGAUCUCAGGGAUUUGGAUGUCGAUACGUUUACAACACGAGGAGAAGCCAUCAUACAGGAUCUUGCGAGAGAUUUGAGUGUUCCUGUUGCAACAGACAUGUUUUGGUUUGCUGGUUUGGAUUACUGUGCCAGCACACUCGCUUUGCUUUGUAUUCACCAAAUUCAAGGUUUGUGUGACAAUUUUGUGACUCUUUUUCCAUUUUCAGGAAGAGGUUGCAUUUCAAUGGAAGAGGGAUUGGUUGCAGCAACGGCCAUACUUUGCUCACAUCUCCAUUCACUCUUGACAACCUUACUUUCUCAGACGGAACAGAAGGAAUUAGCUGAUAUUCGUAACGCUCCUCCACUCUACAGAAUAAUUCUUGGGGAAAUUAUCACGAUGGUUUUUGAUCGUGUGGUAACAGUUAUUAUUGAGUACAUGCACAAAAUAGAUUGUCUUCCUGAUGGCAGUGCGUUUCAUAUUGCUUUUAAGGCCUUGAAACUCCUCAUUUCUUGGGCAAAGGGACAUUUUUUGCUUUCCGUGGUCUCUCCAAUUCUAAUGUCGCUGGUCGUGUAUUGUGACUUUGUUCUAUUGCCCCAGGGUUUGCUUAAAAAUCAUGAAUAUCGCUUGUAUCUGGAGAGGUUUCUUCCUUCGUUUGUUGAAGCCAACAAUUCGAAUGGUAAAAAGUCCCGAACGAUGAUUUCACCAUGUUUAUCUAGCAAUACAAGCGACACUGUUGCGUUUUCUUUUUAUUCUAUUCUGGUGGAGUUUACAGAAAGGGGAUGUAGAGGGACAUCUAAAGCUGAGAGGGGCUCUUCUUGGACUCUGGUUGAGGUUUUGAACGGCGACAAGGAUGAUGCUGCACGGGUUCUCUCAGCUGAGGAGGUGUUUCCCGCAACUGGGUUUAAUGGAACGAGGCAUAGCCUUUCUGACCCCAGUCUUGUUCUGCCGCUGUUGGCUCAAGAGAUAAAGUCCUCUUUCAAAUAA